AUUAAGCCCAAUUGCAUACAGCUUAACCGAAAAGAAGAAUUAAAACUGUCGUUCCUGCUCAGUUCUAAACUCCUCCUCGGCCUCUGGGAUCUCGCAGCCUGCACUGAAGAAGAAGAAGAAGAAGAAGAAGAGGAAACUUAAUACGGAGAUGACGGUGUUUCACUUCUUCAACUGUGCGAUUCUCACCUUCGGUCCUCACGCUGUUUACUACUCCGCUACUCCCUUGUCAGAGUAUGACACACUUGGCACCUCUGUUAAAGCUGCGCUUGUUUAUCUAGGGACAGCAUUAAUAAAGCUUGUUUGCUUGGCCACUUUUCUUAAGGUUUCUGAGAAUGACACCUUUGAUCCAUAUCAGGAAUUGUUGAAAGCUCUAAUUGGUUUUAUAGAUGUUGCUGGGCUAUAUUUUGCCUUGACUCAGUUGACUCAUAGAAAUAUUUCUCAAAAUCAUAAAUUUCAAGCUGUUGGUCUUGGGUGGGCUUUUGCUGAUUCUGUUUUACAUAGACUGGCACCUCUUUGGGUUGGAGCUAGAGGACUAGAAUUCACUUGGGAUUACAUUCUGCAGGGCCUUGAAGCAAAUGCAAACUUGGUGCUGAGUAUAUCCCUUGCAGCAUUGGGAUCUCUGAUGUGGCUUCGCAAAAACAAACCCAAGACUCUGAUUCCCAUUAUAUAUGCAUGUGCUGGCAUUGUGGCAACCAUGCCAUCCAUCACAAGCUAUUUGAGAAGAGGGUUGGGGUGGCACUUCCCAAAAGUGGUAGGCUUCGAACUGUUCACUUCUCUAGUCAUGGCUCUUAUCAAUUGGCAACUCUUUUCUGCUUGCCAGAGACCCUCAUCCUGAGAGAGUACAGUACCUUCUCUAACACUAGAUAAAGGAUAAGCUCCUGGAGCGUGAUGAAGUAGUUUAGCGAUGUGGCUAUCAAAUACCCCCAAUGAAGGCUGUUGUACUGUUUUGUUUAAAAUUUUGCAAUAUAUCUUUUGUCACCUUUAGAAACUAUGGAUUUGUACCUUCCUUAGAGGCUUGACGGAAAAUUUAUUUUUCUUUCCCAAGUAAGGCGAGCUUUUAUGCAGCUAAAGAAUUUAUAAAAGACUUUUGAGUAGAAGUGGUGGUUA